AUGAGAAAUCACCUCGAAAAAAACGCAAAAGGAACAACAGAAAAGAAACAUCAGAGGCGCAACACAAAUGAAAAGGAGAAGGAGGAAGAAGAGAGGGGAUAUGGAAUGAACACAAUUUAUCACCAACGUGUUGGCAAAAUGGAGGCCAUACGAAUUGACUCCUUUUGCAGGAAAAAAAGAGUUCCAAAGGAAACCCUUUGGAACAUUGAGAAUUCACAAGAGGACGAUGAGAACAUGAUAUGCUUCAAAAAUUUCGUCCAGAACGACCUAUCGGAUGAUAACGUGAACGGAAGGGGCGACAUCGUUUUCGACCAUUUUGGAAAUGCACAGAGAAGGAACAGCAGAUGGGAUAUCCGAAGCCAGAGUGGAAGUAGAAACGAAAGCUGGAAUGGAAGUGAAAAGAGAAGCAAAGUUAGACGCAAGAGUAUGCGCGAUAAGCUGAUCAUUUUCAACAACAAAGGCCAGAGCCGCAAUCCUCCUCGAGACCACAAACACAAUUCAAUAACAGGUCUGAAUUUAACGAACUACAUGAUGGUGCCAGAUGAUAUCAGGCACAAGUACACCAAAACGUACUUGUUCCAAAUAUCCAAAAGACUGCUAGUCAUGAAAAAACCAUGGAGAUUACCCAAAAAUGUAGAGCUACAAAUCAACAAUGUGUACCAUUUGUCCAAUUACAUAAAAGUGCUGGAGAGAAUUUCGAAUGAAUAUCUGAAUGACCCCCCUAUCAAUUAUUACUACAAAGGGUUAGAGCUGUAUAACAAAAAUGUGUUUGCAAAUAUAGACUAUUUGUUAAAGAAGGUAGACAUAAAAAAGAACCCCAAGAAUUUUCAAUACAGGAAUUUAAUUAAGGUAAAUGAGUGUUAUUACGAUUUAAGCACCUUUGGAAAAUCUCCCAGUGCUAUGCUUUAUCAAUCCUAUGUCAUAUGGGAUGUUCAUGGGAGUAGUUUAACCCUAGAACAGGAAUAUGAAAAUUUUUUCAACUCACAAAUUAUGGAUUAUAGCUUUGGAGAAAAGGAGUACCCAAGUUUGAAAUACAUUUUAAGCAUAUGCAGCUCAAUCCUAUUUUGGCUCAACUUUAACAAAAAAGACAAUUUUGCUAUUAUUAAUUACCAUAAAAUUAGCUCCUUCAUUUUGUUAAUUUUUUCUUGUGUCAUGCUAGUCAUAGAUAACACUUUAACCUUUUCCCAAAUUCAAGAAAUCCUUUACAAAUCGUCCAAAAUAAGUAACAGCGAUAAGGAGGAUGUAGAGGAUAGCGUCGACACGAAUAUAUCUUCAAACUAUUUUGGAAACAAAUAUGAUACUGUUUCUAACGAGGAAGAAUCGGACGACACGUAUAAUUUGUUAGCGAGAGGCGAAGCAGAAAGCGGGGGGCAUUCUCGUAUCUCACUUGAUAACAGAAUGACAAAUCUGCAAAGAGACAAAUAUGAGGGAAGUGGAAGCAUAUAUGACAACGAGGAGGAUUCCGACCCUCGCAGUAAGAACUAUAAGGAUAAAUCCCUCGAGAAUGAUUCUUAUACGAAGAAAAGAGAAACCUCUGAUUCCUUGGAUGAUAUCUACCAUUUUGGAAAUUGCAACAGCGAAGAUUACCCCACAACAUAUGACAACCAUUUUAAGGGAGGCAAUAUAACUUUCACCAGGAACGGAUAUAAAUCUAGUAAGCCCGUCAGUAAUCUUAGCAAAAUGCAAUACCAUACAUUAAAUUUGAAUGGGAGGAAAAGUGUAGAAUACGAUAAUGAGAUGGACAGUUCCCAGAAAAAGAAGAAGACCAAAUUUUCAAACUCCUGGGGAUUUGAUCUAACAAAUAGAGAAAAUUACAGAAGUAGCAAUAAAGUGAAGGAUCACCAUUUUUGGAUCCCAUUUGACUACUGGAAGUCUUCUCACAAAAGAUAUUUUUUUUACAUUUAUGAAUUAAUGAAAAAUAAAAAUAAAAAAGUCGAAAAUGUGCCCUUUAAGUUGAAGAGCAUUAUUUUUAGCGACUACGUCAUGUGCUCCGUUUCGGUUGAGGUGUAUGAAAUUAUUUACAAAGAUAAUCAGGAAUUUCACCUGGACGUUUUGUCCGAUUGUGGGUACGACACCGCUGGGGCAGAGGCGUCCACAGGUGAGGGCACAAGCGAGGAUCAGAGCGAAAGCGUUGAACCAAGUGGUGAGCGAAGUGGUAAACAAGGUGCUAAAGGAAGUAAAAAAAAACAUAGUGGAAACCAACGUCAUUACCAAUGUAACAACCCUAAGGAAUGCACCGAAGUUGAUGAGUCCAAUGAGGACUACACACGGAAUGAAGAACCAAAGGGAGAAGGCCUUCCUGAAGAUGAAUCCUUUCACAGGAACUCUUCUGUGGAGAGGAAUUUAAAAUCAGGAACCCCAAAUGGACGCGAUUCGAAUGCUCCCUUGAAAGGAAGGGGUAGCAGCGAUUACUCCGACGAGAUUAUUCACCACCGGGCUAGCGUAAAAAAAGGAAACGGAAAUAUCUAUGGAAUGUAUAAAAAACCCGGUGGUAGAAAAUUAAGCGAGGAUAACAUUCCAUACGACGAAAGUGAUACCCCUAGCGGGUUAAUCGUACCAAAGGGUGAUCUCACCGCGAACAGCAUUUUUAUAGGUAGGAACUAUGAACCAACUGCGUGUGUGAGAAAUAAAUUGAAGAAGACGUCUUCUUGUUACAGAUUAAGGAACGGCUCAAAUGGGUUCCGUGACAGCUGCGAGGAGGCUUCACUUAAUACGACGAAUCGAUCGCAUUUGUCUAACUCGGCCAAUUCGUUUAGUGGGUCAAACUAUGAACGAAGUCUGCAAGGAAAACUGGGGGAGGCAGAUGGAAGGGGCACGAAUUCGCAUCGGUUCCACGUCCGUAGCGGCAAGGGCCCCAUCACACACAAAAUAAGACAACAUGGUGGGAAGUACUAUUCUCCCAGAUCCCUCAGUUCAGUUUCUCCAGAACCAACAUCGAUAGAUCACGUGUACAGUUACAAAAAUGAGGGCAUUCCGGACAGUGACAAUAUUCAAAGGGGAAGGUCCAAAGGGAAGAUAACUACCAACGCGCAAGUAAAGAGGAAAUCGUGCACAUUUUUUCCGCAAAAGAAGGUUAGCAGCUCGGAGGAAUUGCAUGAACCACUCUCGUCCGUGAUGAACAAACCCACGUGCGAUGUGUCGAAUGUAGGAGAAGCGGAACAUAAAAAAGACUCCACAUGGAAGGAAAAAAAAAUUUACGAGUUUUUAAGGAAAAAUAGAAAGAGAAACCAGAAAAAAGGGGAAGAUCGAAAUAAAGGUGUAUCGUCUGAAAAAUCAGGAUAUGAAUACUUUUUAAAAUGUAACAACCUAAGUUACAACAUCGUGUCGUCGUACGAGAAGAACAAAAAAAAAUAUGUGACAAUCGAUUUCACACAUGACCCUGAAGGGAAUACCAAGGAACAUAUCAUAUGUGGAGAUGUUCUCAUACUAAUUGGACACAAAAAUAUAGAAAAAUUUCAUAAAGGAUUUUCAAGUUCGUAUUCUUUCCAUACUGGUUUUUUAAAGAAGGCCUCGUCCGAAAUUCUUCACAUAAGGAAAGAAGACAUGGACAUUAACAGCAAUUACCAAAGCUACAUUCCGGAUGGCAUGAAGCUGUCCAUCAUUUUGGACUCCGCUAAUAGAAGUGACUGCAUGAAAGCGUACAAAAGAAAUUUAAGGGGUCAUAACAAAAUGGAAGAUUUGAAAUCGUUGAAAAUUUUCGAAAAAAAUAAAUCCUUCGAGUCCAUUGAUUCGGAGCGUGCUGUGUAUGAUCUGCAAGCCAGCAUAACUGCCAUUUCGGCCCCUGAUGGGGGAAGGCACAAUAGGGGAGAGACGGGCGUCAGGGAUAAGGGAAGAAGGAGGACAAAGGGAGAGAGAGAAGACGAUUCAAAUGAAGAAGAGGAGGAGGGAAAAUCCAGAUGGUGGAAGGAAAGAAGCGCCCACAAUGUAGUGAAUUGCAGACGGGAGCGUAUGGCAACAGUGGACGACGAUGAGGAAGAAGAUGAUGAUGAUGAAGAGUGCAUAGAGCAGCGAUGCGAACAGCACAGUGAUAAGGAGCACGAGCCAAACGGGCCGAGCCAUCACAUGGGAGAAACAAGGCAGACAUCACAGAAACGUAGAGAACGCGUGCGGUACACGUCACCAGAGCACAGGGACCCAAGGAACAAGUCAAACUGUAGCAAUAGCAAGCAAAUGGAUUCCCAUUCGAAGAUAAAUUAUAGUGGUUACUCAAUUUUCAACAAAAAGGAGCCCAAAAUAAAAUACAACGCUACGAAUAUAACGCAACUGUUAACAUCUCUCUUUGGUUUUAAAAAUAGAGAAGACAAAUAUUCUUUAACAAACAAACAAAGCGUAUGUUCCUUGUUGUCCUCCAAAAGAUCGUUUUCAAAUUUAAUUUCCUUAAAGGAUUUUUUACAGAGGCAAUAUGAAGUAAUUACCAACCCGACAGAGAGUAUGUACAAUUUUGUGAAGAAUCAUGUUUUGAAGGUAAACAUUCCUUUGGUACAGUAUUUAAAAAAAAUAACUCAUUUGUCGAAUUUGAAAAUUUAUUUUUCUUUAAAGUUGUGCAACAAUGAUUUGAGUAAGUCUCUCAAUUUUAUUGUCUCCAUAUGGGGAAUUAAGAUUUUAAAAAAAAAAAGUUCCAUUAGAUACUCCUCAACUUUAAACGAGCUCCCAGAAUUUAGGGAAGAGUUUAAAGAAAUCGUCCCCCAUGAUGUAGACAUAAAAACACCCACUGAAAUAGCAAGGCAUGUAAAUGAUGUGGACAGUACAAAUGUCAGUUGUACGCAUGUGGAUGUGUACGAAAAAUUGGAGGACAGUGCAAAUCUGUUUAAGGAGCAUGAACAGGUACCUGCAGGUAAGGAUGCAGAAGUGGUACUUUCGAAAGAACCGUGUAGGAAGGUGAGCUCGCUACAUCGCUUGGAGGAGACGUUCGAAUGGACAAAGGACCCUGGGGAUGUCCUACACCUUAAGGAACUGCAUCCCUACAGGGAGAGCGAGGCGGUGAGCUCGACAAGUGUGGCAAGAGGGGAAGAAACAAGUGAAGUGAAAAUUGGUACACAAAAGGAAGUUACACCCAGCGAACCAAAUGAAGUCUCCGAUCAGAACAAACUCAAGGAACCCUCGACGCAAAAGAUGCAAAACGAGGGCCCCUCCGAAGUGAUCACAAACAUAGACGGAAUAAAAAUUGCCAAGAUGGAAAUCAACAAGACAUACUACCAAAUGAGGGAAGAAACAAAUUUUGCAAAAUCGAAAGAGGAACCUGAUUUAAGAAAGAAUGAAAAGGAAAUGGUCCAGGAACAUCCUAAAAAAACUAUAGAGGACAAUGAAAGUUUUCUGAAUAGCAUGAUGGAAAAGGACGAGCCAUCAAAAGGGAUAGAACAGACUAACACAAAAAAUGAUAUAUUAAAAAAAAUAGAAGGAAAUGAUUUUUUCUACGGAAAAUUGCCCAGUGGUGAAUUGGUAAAAAUAAAAGUAAAUGACACGAACGAGUUAGGCACAUACGACAGCAUGCCUCUUCUACUGAUUGAACCUGUGGAUGAUUCAGGACAUCUUAAACGUGCAAUGAGUGGCUUAAGUGUGAAGGAGGAAUCUGAUAAAAAUGAAAAUGCUACCCUGGAGAAGGCAGCUAAUACAGAUUGCCUAGUAAACGAUUUAGAAAAAAUGUAUGACCAAAAGGUUAUAAAAAAGAGCAGCAUUGAGUCCACAUUGAGUGUAGAAAGUGAUAGGUCCACUAUGUCUAGGUAUUCCACGUCCCUUGUAGUGCCCCCCCCCGCUUCUAUCUCGAAGGGGGAGCUGCCCGCGGGGAAAAACGUGGAGGUCAAAAUAGACCAAAAAAUUGACGCCAAAAUAAACCAACAAGUUGACCCUAAAGUGGAACAAAAGGCUGACACUAAAGUGGACGAAAAGAUGGACCCUAAAGUGGAACAAAAAGCUGACACUAAAGUGGACCCAGGCGUGGUAGUGAAGCCCCCCGCGCUAGCAACCAAGCAAAUGACCAAGCAACCAGCUACCGAGGGUCAAACAAAGGCAAAGGCCGUGGAGGCGAUCCUCAGGAAAGCAAAGGAAAAAAGACCGCCGCCCCCUCUACCAUCCGCGCUACAGAAAAGGCCCCCUGCGAAAGCGACCACGGAGGGCAAGGAACCAGGAGGGGAUACAAAAAAAGAAAGUAGCGUAAAGCCAGGGGUGCCCAAAAAAAUGGGGAAGAAAAUGCCAGGCCCCCCUCCCAAACCCCCAUUUGCAUUAGGUAAAGGCAUAAUGGGAGAAAAAACCAAAAUGGGAAUGAAAAAAUGCCCCAUGAAUUUUGCACCUAAGAAGUUCGUCAAAGUCCAAGAAAAACGACCCCUAGGAAUUAAACUACACUGGCAACUAUUACCAACGCACAAAAUUGAAGGAACCGUUUUUAAUGAAAUAAAAACACAGGAAGCAAAGUAUACUCUAAUAGACACAAAAGCUGUUCACAAAUUAUUCGCUCGAGUAAAAGCAGAAAAGAAAAUUGUAAAAAAAAGCACAGAAGAGAAGAAAAAAAGCAAUGAAGAAAAACUAAUAACCGUUUUAGAUAGAACAAGAGCUCAGAACAUCGGAAUCUUGUUACGAUUUCCAAUGAGCACCCAAGAAAUUGUGCAGAAGAUAAGCGUAUUCGACCUUGAAAAUAUGAGUACAGAGUUUUUGCAAAAGGUAUUGCACAUUUUACCAACGAAGGAAGAAAGUGACAGCAUUUUACAAAAACUGGAACAUGAAAAUGUGAAGGAAGAACAUUUUAGAGAUGUUGAAAGGAAGCUAAUUCCAUUUGUUUAUAUGGAUAAAUGUCAAUGUAAGAUAGAAAUUUGUUUAUUUUCAUUAAAAUAUGAAAAAAUGAUAAAUGAAAUAAAUAAGGAUUUGGAUGUCUAUGACGAGGCUGUGAAGGAAGUACGAUCAAGCAUACGGUUGAGGUCUUUGCUCAAGGCCGUUCUCAAAUGGGGCAAUUAUGUCAACUAUGGUGUUAAUGACAAUGAAGAUUUAGUUGCUCUAGGGUUUACCCUAUCAUCAGUGUUGAAGCUGACCGAAUUUAAAUCGUCCAUAGAUAAUACCAUCACCUCGUUGCACUAUAUCACUGUUAGUCUUUGUACAUAUUUACCAAAUUUAAAUAUGAACCUUCUAGAAAAUGACCUAAACUCCGUUUCAGUGGCGUCCAAAAUGUCGUCCGAAACGGUAGAUAUUCUACUAGCUUCAAUCGAUAAAGAUAUAAAUUACAUCGGAGAGCAGUUGAAAUGUACAUACGAAGAAGUUUUUAAAGAAAAAAUGAAAAGUAUUUUACAAGACAGCGAAAUGAAGUAUGCCAAUGCACAAAAGAGAUACGAAGAAACGAAAAAAUCUGUGCAGCAGUUGGGUACCUACCUUGGUGAAGAUAUGUCAAAAAGUCCAAACCUCGAAGGCAUAUUUAUUGUAUUAUCUUCUAUCGUGGAUAAUUUUACCAAAUGUUACAAAGACAUCUUGGCCAAUCCUAAGAAGUUUUCCAUAAUGCUAAAUGAUGAAAAUUUACUAGAUGAAUAUUACACCUUUUUUGGAAAAAAAAAAAAUAAAAAUCUUCCCUCCUCUAAAAAUUGCACCCCGAUAAGCAAAGAAGCAGUAACGAAAGAACAAGGUGCAACAAAAGAGAGUGAGAAAAUAACUGGGAAGAUAAGAAUUAAUAGACUCAACAGCUGCAUGGGUGUAGUCCGAAAAAAUGAUAACGCCAAGAGUUCCAUGUUUCAGCUGAGGACUAAAUUAAUGCAGGACAUACAGAAUAGGGCUUUCAUCAAAGUGGGGAACUCGGAUGGGGACAAAGUGAAAUGUGAACCCACGAUCCCUUUGUGCAACCAGAAAGAUACGCCUAUCCCGAAUAUUGCAUUGGGCAAAAAUGACAUGAGGGUAGAAAGCGCACAAGGUUUAAGUGAAAACGGGAAUUGCGUCGAUACAAAGGGGGCAACUGUGCCUCAUGGAUGCGUCUUGGGGGGGGAGUCGAAAAGUAGGAAAAACUCGGCUGGAAGUGUGAAUGAGACGAGGUUAGAGCCAAAAAAACCGAUUGGAAGUGUAAAUGAGACGAGGUUAGGGGUGGAUAAUUCUCUCGGAAGUGUAAACAACAAGACGAGGUUAAGAGAGGGAUUAAACUGUGAUGAAAAACCGAAUGGAGAUAUGGCCGCUGAGGUGAAACUGACAGAGAGUCCAAAAAUCGAGAGCAAACCUAACGUGAGUACCAAAAUUGAGGACAAAAUAAACGAUGAGAUAAGUGGACUCGUGGCCGAAGAAAAAAUUGUGGAAUAA